UAGUGACAGAAUCACACGUAUAUCAUCACCACUUGCUGCAGCUGCACGGGAAGCAAAACGUUUACCGCCAUCUUAGAGAAUACGUGCAUAGUAAGAGGUUGUAAACGCAAAACGAUGAGUAGACAACGCCUUCUGAGCAGCAUCAACAUCGACGACGAUAAAGAUGAAGGGUAUGAUGUCGACGACGAUAAAGGCUGUGAUGAGAACAGCGAGGAAGAGUGCAGCGACACUGCUUUGAGGACGAAAACGAAAGUAAAGAGUGUCAAUAUUAGGAAACUCAUCGUAAUUUGCUCUGUUCUACUGCUUCUAAGCUUGUGCAUUGGUAUCGCAGUUUACACCAGUACAAACAAACACAAGGAUACAGGUCUUGAGUGUGUGAACUGCAGAAACGCGUCUUGUGAUGUAGAAAGCAAGGUUUGUCUUCACGGCUGUACAGCUGGGUGGCAAGGGAGCAGGUGUGACGAGGGAUGUUUACAAGGUUUCCAUGGUCCUGACUGCAAUCUGACUUGUGGCCAGUGUAGCGAGGACACACACUGUGACCCUGUUAAAGGAGUGUGUCCGGACGGCUGUAUGGCUGGCUAUAGGACUGAACACUGCAACACACCGUGUCCUGCCGGCUACUAUGGAAUGUCGUGUAACCAGUCAUGCGGUGAGUGUCAAAGUCCGGACACUUGUAACAGUGUGACAGGAGUUUGUUCACAGGGCUGUAAGGAUGGAUAUGAGGGAUCUCACUGCAAUGAAACAUGUCCACCUGCCUCUUAUGGUCCUGAGUGCAAACAGCCAUGUGGUAAAUGCAAACCAGGAGAUGUAUGUGACCACGUGACAGGAAGUUGUCAACAUGGCUGUGACGACGGGUAUACAACAUCACUUUGUAAAGAAAAAUGUCCACCUGGCUCGUAUGGUCCUGAGUGCAAACAGCAAUGUGGUAACUGUAAACCCGGAGAUGUAUGUGACCACGUGACAGGAAAUUGUUCAAACGGCUGUGACGACGGGUACACAACAUCACUUUGUAAAGAAGAAUGUCCACCUGGCUCAUACGGUUCUGAGUGCAAACUGUCAUGUGGUAACUGUAAAGCAGGCGAUGUAUGUGACCACGUGACAGGAAAUUGUCCAAACGGCUGUAACGAUGGGUUUAUACCAUCACUUUGUAAAGAAACAUGUGCUGCUGGCUUCUAUGGACCAUCGUGCAAUCAGCAAUGUGGUAACUGUAAACCCGGAGAUGUAUGUGACCACGUGUCAGGAAAUUGUCCAAACGGCUGUGAAGACGGGUAUACAACAUCACUUUGCAAAGAAAAAUGUCCACCUGGCUCGUACGGUUCUGAGUGCACACAGUCAUGUGGUAACUGUAAAGCAGGCGAUGUGUGUGACCACGUGACAGGAAAUUGUCCAAACGGCUGUAACGAUGGGUUUAUACCAUCACUUUGUAAAGAAACAUGUCCACCUGGCUCGUACGGUCCUGAGUGCAAACAGUCAUGUGGUAAUUGCAAACCCGGAGAUGUAUGUGACCACGUGACAGGAAGUUGUCAACAUGGCUGUGACGACGGGUAUACAACAUCCCUUUGUAAGGAAAAAUGUCCACCUGGCUCGUAUGGUCCUGAGUGCAAACAGUCAUGUGGUAACUGUAAACCCGGAGAUGUAUGUGACCACGUGACAGGAAAUUGUCCAAACGGCUGUGAUGACGGGUAUACAACAUCACUUUGUAAAGAAAAAUGUCCACCUGGCUCGUACGGUUCUGAGUGCAAACAGUCAUGUGGUAACUGUAAAGCAGGCGAUGUGUGUGACCACGUGACAGGAAAUUGUCCAAACGGCUGUAACGAUGGGUUUAUACCAUCACUUUGUAAAGAAACAUGUCUUUCUGGCUUCUACGGACCAUCGUGCAAUCAGCAAUGUGGUAAAUGUAAACCCGGAGAUGUGUGUGACCACGUGACAGGAAGUUGUCCACACGGCUGUGACGACGGGUACACAACAGCACGUUGUAAAGAAAGAUGUCAUGCUGGUUUCUAUGGAUCAUGGUGCAACCAGCCAUGUGGUAAAUGCAAACCAGGAGAUGUAUGUGACCACGUGACAGGAAGUUGUCAACAUGGCUGUGACGACGGGUACACAACAUCACUUUGUAAAGAAAAAUGUCCACCUGGCUCGUAUGGUCCUGAGUGCAAACAGUCAUGUGGUAACUGUAAACCAGGCGAUGUAUGUGACCACGUGACAGGAAGUUGUUCAAACGGCUGUGACGACGGGUACACAACAUCACUUUGUAAAGAAAAAUGUCCACCUGGCUCGUACGGUUCUGAGUGCAAACAGUCAUGUGGUAACUGUAAAGCAGGCGAUGUAUGUGACCACGUGACAGGAAAUUGUCCAAACGGAUGUAACGAUGGGUUUAUACCAUCACUUUGUAAAGAAACAUGUGCUGCUGGCUUCUAUGGACCAUCGUGCAACCAGCAAUGUGGUAACUGUAAACCCGGAGAUGUGUGUGACCACGUGUCAGGAAAUUGUCCACACGGCUGUGAAGACGGGUAUACAACAGCACUUUGUAAAGAAAAAUGUUCACCUGGCUCGUACGGUUCUGAGUGCAAACAGCAAUGUGGUAAAUGUAAACCCGGAGAUGUAUGUGACCACGUGACAGGAAAUUGUCCACACGGCUGUGACGACGGGUACACAACAGCACGUUGUAAAGAAAGAUGUCAUGCUGGUUUCUAUGGAUCAUGGUGCAACCAGCCAUGUGGUAAAUGCAAAUUCGGAUAUGCAUGUGACCACGUGACAGGAAGAUGUCCAUAUGGUUGUGACAAUGGAUAUCGAACACAACUUUGUAAUGAACCAUGCCCACAUGGUCACUAUGGUCAGGAUUGCAGAGAGACAUGUGGGCAAUGCAAUUUCGGGAAUAUAUGUGAUCAUGUGACAGGAACAUGUCCAAACGGCUGUGCUGAUGGAUACCAGCAACCAUAUUGCAUUAAACUGUGCUCAGAUGGUAGCUAUGGUCAAGAUUGCAGACAGAAAUGUGGUAAAUGCAUAUAUGGAAGGGCAUGCGAUCAGGUUACAGGAAGAUGCCAAGGCGGCUGUGACAGCGGAUAUCAACAAUCAGAUUGUAAACAAAGCUGUUACGGUGGUACAUACGGUCCUAACUGCCUUAUGACAUGCAAUCUCUGCAAACAUAGAGUUUGUGAUCCUGAGACAGGAGGUUGCCCCUAUGGCCACGAUGGUCAAAAUAAUGCAGGUACCUCAGCUUCAGCGAGAAUCUUUCUGACCGGCUGCGUGGCUGCUGCCUCUAUUACCAUCCUUACAGUCUGGUUUAUAUGAACUAAGUGGAGUUUAUAUCAUCAUGCUUCUGCUAAGUAAAUUG